GGUGGCGCUAACAAGAAGCCGGGAACGACCAUUGAAUCAUUUGUUUACUCCCCUCUGGAAAUUAAAAAUCGUACAAAUUAUUUUUAACAGUUACUAAGUGAACAAGAAUGGCUGGUGAAGUAGUUGUCGAUGCUCUCCCCUACAUAGAUCAAGGAUACGACGAGCCUGGAGUCCGAGAGGCUGCUCUGGCUAUGGUGGAGGAGGAGACUCGAAGGUAUAGACCCACGAAAAAUUACCUGGAGCACCUUCCACCCCUGAACAUCUCAGCAUUCGAGACUGAUAUCAUGAAACACGAGUUUGAGAGGAUGCAAAAUAGAAUACCCAUGGAGGUGCUAAGUAUGAAACGAUAUGAACUCCCUCCACCACCCCCAGGGAAGAUGAACGAUCUUGCAGCUUGGAAUGAGAGUGUUGAUAACAGCAGUGCACAAUUGGAACAUCAGGCUACUAGAAUUUGUAACCUGGAACUGAUGAUGGAAUACGGUUGUGAAGCCUGGAAAUCCCACCUAGAAGUUAUCGUGAAGAUGGUGAGUCAUGCUCAGAAAGAGCUUCAGUUCUUGAGGAAGAGCAUUCAAGAGGUGAACUGGCAGCGAAAAUCUAUGCAGACUCAGGGAGGGGAAAAACUUCGUGCCCUGGAAGCCCAGUGGGUAAGUCUAGUCUCCAAAAACUACGAGAUCGAGCAGGCAUGUGCACACCUGGAAGAGGAGCUCCAGAGGCUCAGGAUGCAUCAAGGAGAGGGCUUUGAAGUGAGUGAUGUACCCACAGAGACACUACAACCAGAUGUUCCCGAGGAGAGUGCGACAGAACCUACAGUUGCUGAGACCUCAGAAGAACAAGGGGAAGUCUCCUGAUCUUUUACACAUUAAAAUUAAUGAGAUAUGGGUAAUCAAAUACGUACGACAUUCGGACGAUAAAAAUUAAUAAAGCACGAUUUAUUUAAUAACUCUA